AGGUCCCUGCCAACCUGUGAUCGGUCGGGAAGCCGGACUAUGAGCUUUACUCAUUCGCAGCGUAAUCGGGCGCCGCAACCACCCAGCCGGUGAUACGAGGGGCUUUGCGCCAGGCGCCUGCGCUUUCGGGGAGGAACCGGACCCAGAGGGCGCAGCUCGGCAACGCUGGUGGCGGGCAUCCUGCGCCCCUUUUUCCGCCUUGAAGGGGAGCCAGGCUGCCCAGGUUCCCCCCCUGCAGAAGCCCUGCCGGCGGAGGAAGGGGGUUGAAAGGCCCGGGAGCUCUGCCUUCCACGGUCCAAGCCAAGCAAGGCACAAUCCGCCCUUUGCGCUCCCUUUCAGGAUCUCUGGUCGGCGCUCCCUUCGCGGCCUUGCCGGCGCCAGGAUCUGCCCGGGCCCCGGCUCGAGGUCCAAAAAAGUCACAAUGCCUAUCGACAUCAGGGACGUGAUGCAGCUCCUCUGCCAUAUUUCUGAAGAGCGAAAAAUGAAAGCAGCCUUCAAGCACUCCGGGCGAGGCGCCUUGGUGGUGGGAACGACAGCUUUCUUCGGUGGUUUGAUGGCAGGCCCGCCUGGCCUUGCUGUUGGAGGUGCCAUUGGUGGCUUGCUGGGGGCCUGGAUGACCUCCGGACAGUUCAAGCCCAUUCCUCAGAUUAUCCUGGAACUGCCUCCUGUGGAGCAGCAAAGGCUUUACCAAAACGUCUGUGCCAUUAUUCAGAAUCUGGACUGGACCGACGUAGCCCAGCUCACAGCCUUGGUCAUGGCCAACGGUGCCCUUCAAGAGAAAGUGCUCGGAGUCCUGACAAGCUACAUCACCACUGAACUCAGAGGGGAGAUCCAGUACGGAAACUAGACCCAGAUGUGUGUUUCAUGGGGUUGUGAGUACCUGUGGCUCCCUUCUGACCCCUUUUCUCUGGCGUUUUAGAUUAUCUUAAGAUCACGGUUUUAAUAGGAAUAAGAAGAUGGCAACCGUGCAUUUUUCUUUUACCCCGAAUAAUCUGUUUGGGAAAAUGAACAAGGCAAGCUUUGGUUUGCCCAUUCUGGUUUUGUUAUUUUCUCUUUCAUAAUUAGUCAACAGCCAAGGGUGGAUCGGUUUGAGCCACGAUGUCCACCGUAUUUAUUUAAAAAUCUAUUUAUGCCAUCCCAAAAACUGGAUUUGGACUGCCUUGCUGAGUAAGUACCUCUCAUUCAUCGGACCUCAGAAGCAGUGGCCUCUGUACCAGUGACGCCUUCCAACAAAGGGCUACCGUUGCGUCCUUGCAUUGCAGUCAAGGAUGUAAGUCAUGGCGUUGGCACUAGGAUGACAUCCCCAUUUGAUGCUCUUUGAUGUGCAUCGUUCUAGAUGAAUAAUGAUACACUGCACAGGUGUCAGCCUUUCCUGCCCAGUUACAAGGGUGGGAAUCUAUGAUCAAUUGUCCUACCCAAGUAUGUUCUUUGGCUGGAGAGAGACAGGCUGGUGGAUAACAUAUCUUCAGGAUACCAAGUUGGAGAAACCUAAUGUAGAUAGCUGCGCUGUGAUUGAAUUGUAUAGUGUCCUCUUGGCCAUAUUUGAAUGAUCAAAUUACUUGAAAUUUCUCAGGGGGGGUAUGAUCUUCUCCACGGGAUGUAUUUUCUUCUCCUGCUGCCUUAAUUUUGAGAGGGUGAAGGAGUGAAAAGUUGAAAUAGUCCGAAGCCGAAAAUGUAGCAGAUGAUUCACCUUAGGUAUUUCUCCUGAAGAUAAAAUAAAGCUGAAUUUUAAUGUGUUUCACUGCCAA